AUGGACGAGUUUCUCAUUCCACCUUACGACUGUGGAGGGUAUCCUGGCUACUUCCCCUUUUAUAACGGAAAGCCGAAAUUCAAGCAGCAAAACUGGAACAAAAAGGGAAACAACGUGUAUGUGCCGCCAGAUGUCCCCGACUAUUUUGACGUUUAUAAGCGUGCUCAGUUAAAAGCGUUAUUAUCUCAGGUGAACCCUAACCUAACCCCGCGCCUGCGCAAGGCCAACACGCGGGAGUUCGGUGUCCAGGUGAACCCAAAGGUAGAUGCCACUGUGCAGUGCUCGCUCGGCCCCAAAACGCUGUUUUAUCGCGGGGAUAAGUGGGCGUCUCGGAAGACAAGCCCUUUGAAAGACACACUGCCUAGCACUCCCAUCAGCGCCGUGCGCUUCUCCCGCCCUGUCGCCAUUUACUCUCCCGUGUUCGACCGCAGGAUUUUCUCCUUAUCCACGACUGCCGCUGAAAGUAAAGACGAUGAAGGGGACGAAAAUAAAGACGAAAGCUUCAAGACGGACAGUGAAUCGGACAGUGAAACAUGUGAACAGGAUGAAGUCACUCACAACGAAGCGCGGCCAGAGAGGGCAGUAAUUCAGCGAAAUAAACGGUCCAACUUUCAGUUUCUGGAGCAGAAAUAUGGAUUUUAUCACUGCAGUAAGUGCAAUAUUCGAUGGGAAAGUGCGUUUGUGUGGUGCAUCUCGGGAACCUCCAAGGUGUACUUCAAGCAGCUCUGCAGAAAGUGCCAAGCAGGACUGAAUCCAUAUAGGGUGGAGUCCAUUCAGUGCAAGGUUUGCUGUAAGACUCAUUGCUGCUGUGAACGGAAGCAGAGGCACAUUGACAUGCGCCGUCCUCACCGUCAGGAUCUGUGUGGCCGCUGUAAGGGCAAAAGCCUUUCCUGUGAUACCAUCUACAGUUUCAAAUACAUAGUCUGAUUGCUCUGGUCUGACCGUUAAUGUUUUUUAGAGUCUCUGCAGAUGUGGCCCAAGGAUGUUAUUGGGUGGAAUGUAUUGUAUUCCAAUAAAUUUUGUAAAUUUAUAAAACUUGAAUAAAGUAUU